CUCGACGAUAGAUUGGAGCCAUGCCAGUGUUGCAGUAGCAUUCACAGGGCUACAUACAAAGACUACAGCAGACAAGGGGCACCACGCUUUGAAUGUCCAGACGCUCGGUCCGCCAGACACAUGUCGAACUUCUAUGCUCGAUAUGUGCCUCCCUCCAAGAAGCCUGAGGAGGCGGCCAGCAGCCCAUCACCGUCAACCACAAAGCGCAAGCGAGAAGGCGAGGUAACCACCAAGCACAAGCGGGAGAAAAAGCCAAAGCUUUCUAAAACAGACAAUACGCCGCCUCAAGUGCCCGAACCUGCACCGUCAGAGCGAGCUGCGCCCAUCGACUAUUCAGCCGUCCCUGAUGGCGGUUCAAUCAUUGACAAAUACCGCGUUACGGAAUCUGCGCGAAGUGCGAACCCUGCCGCCGUCAUAAAACCCCGGCGGCGGAAAGCCUCUGUAGAACAGGCUGAAGACAAAGAGAGCCCCGAGGAUGAGGGCGACAGCAGAGAAAACCACACAUCACCGGCGACUUCGGAUCUGGCGCAAACUGCGAAAGACGAUGGCUCAUAUCAGAAGAAACAUGCUGCAGUGUUGUCCAAGUUCGAGAAGGCAAGGCAGGAAGAGUCAGCACGACCGCAUGACUCUAAGGUCGUUUCGGAGCAACCACCCGUCAAACUCCACGGCCUUGAGCCAUUACCACAACCAGAACAAGUGGAAGUUGUCCCAAGCAAGCCGACAUACUCUACUUUACCUGGCUGGCAGGCCGCGCCACUACAUGUUUCCCCCGAGUUGACAGCCACUUUCGACAAACUGGGUGUCUCACAUGAAUUGCUGGACAAUUUGCGCCGCAAUGGACUGGAGACAGCCUUCCCGGUACAAGCAGCGGUAUUGCCUUUACUGCUGGACGGGUCUAAAAAACACAAUGGUGACCUCUGUGUGUCGGCAGCGACUGGUUCCGGAAAGACUCUUGCCUAUGUCCUUCCAGCAGUCGAAAGCUUACGAGGUCGUGUCGGCACCAAGCUCAGGGCCGUGAUCGUAGUCCCCACGCGCGAGCUGGUCAAGCAGGUACGCGAGACCUGCGAGAUCUGUGCUUCCGGGACCUCAUUGAAGAUUGCCACUACUGUGGGGAGUAAAUCAAUCAAGGAAGAACAGGAUAUGCUCGUGGCGGAGGAGAAAAUCUACGACCCCGAACAAUAUCGAAAAGAGCAGGCCAGCCCUAUCGACUGGUCCUCCUUGUCUCUAGAGAAGACAAUCCAAAAAUGCAGCUCCGAAGAUCCAACGGAUCCUAUUGGUUAUGUGACUCGAUACAGGUCCCAAGUGGACCUUCUUAUCACGACGCCGGGCCGCCUAGUUGAUCAUAUGAAGAGCACCCCGGGUUUUAAUCUGGACGAUGUGAGGUGGCUGGUAGUUGACGAGGCCGACAAGCUACUCAACGAAAGUUACCAAGAGUGGAUUGAGGUGGUGGUUCCAGCUCUGCAGUCGCAAGCUGCCACGCAGGAGCGCGAUGAUUUGCUCAGAUAUAUGAGGAUGCCGCCCCCUAGACGGAAGGUGACGAAGGUCUUGCUGUCUGCCACAAUGACCCGCGAUGUCUCCAAGCUCAAUGCUUUAGGAUUGUACAAUCCGAAAAUGGUUGUGUUGGAGGGGGCCACUACAGGAGAGAUGUCGACGCAUGAUGAUGCCGGGGCAUCCAGGUCCCAUGAUCUCAAUGAUGCCUUCCACAUCCCUGAGUUGCUGGAAGAGGCAGCGAUUCCUGUCCCUGAUGGUUCCGAAAAGCCCUUGUACCUGUUGCAACUUCUUGAGAAACACAUUGGAAUUGUUCCUGCCUUACAGGACUCUGGUCCUGAAGAAUCAACAUCCGAGUCAGAAUCAGACUCUAGUUCUGAAUCUGAAUCAGACAGCUCCUCGGAGUCUUCUGAUUCAGACGAUUCAACGUCUUCGGAAGAGACGGACAGCUCGAGCUCAGAUAGUGCAUCUUCUUCCAGUUCGGAUUCAGGCGAAGAAAACACGACGGACCAAAAGGUCAACGGGACUACCAGGUCUCCUCGCGCAUUGAUUUUUACUCGUUCCACGGCCUCGGCUACCCGGUUAUCAAGGCUGUUGACCCUUCUUUGUCCUGCUCUAGCUCCCCGGAUGGCUACCUUGACGCGGAGUACCGCCUCAUCGGCUUCAUCCCGCCGCGCCUUGUCCUCUUUCCGCAAUUCGAAGAUAUCAAUUCUCAUUGCUACGGACAGGGCAUCACGCGGCCUGGACGUGCCUGGUCUAGAGCAUGUUAUCUCAUAUGAUGUCCCCAGCAGUGCUUUGACGUACGUCCACCGCGUGGGCCGGUCUGCUCGCGCCGGGAAUGCAGGACAUGCAUGGACCCUUGUCGAGCAUCGAGAAGCUGCAUGGUUCUGGCGGGAAAUCGGAGCAAAAGGCAAAAAGGACAACGUCGCCACGACAGACAAUGAGUUUACGAUCCAACGAAAAACGCCAAUCAAGCGCGUAAAUAUGAGUGUUGAAGACAAAGACCUCAAGGUGAGGUACGAGGCAGCGCUACAGCAACUAGGAGAAGAGGCUCGAAAUAGCUAGUUUUUUGAGUAUAAAGGAAGUGGGCAAAGGAUAGGACGUUCAUACCAAAGAACAAGUGAACAUUUCCCUUUCUAAUCCAUUUAUUAUUAAUUCUCCUGCUCUAGGCCAUGUAAGCGAGGAAAAUGAAAGCUUUUAGUCUGGUCCG